ACCUACGAGGGCUGAUCGAGAAUCUAUUCCUUCACUCUUUUCUUCUGUCUCGGUCUCUGACCUUUCAUACACUUUUCAAAGAAUAAAUCAAAAUUCCAUUCAAACAUGAAGUGGACACUUCCUCUUCUCGCUGCUCUCAGCGCCACCAUGGUCGCUGCUGCUCCAGCCGCGCCACUCAAGAGCACCCUCGAAACCACCACUGCACCCCUCGGCACCAGAGACAUCAUGCGUCCCCAGAGACACUGCAGCAAAAUGCUCUGGAUAUCCUUCGCCUGCAGCUUUCCCAUCGAUGAGAAUGAUCCUGAUAGAAUCAUGAAGUUUAAUGCUUGUAUGGGAGCUGAGUGGGACUGCGAUUGUGCGUUGAGCGGCGAGGGAUGUGGAGAUCCUUGGGGUGAUCCUUGGGAGACAGGCCAGCCACCCCUGUUGGAGUAGCUUCCUUCUCCUGCUAUGAUGGAUGAGACAUUGGGCUUACGUCUACUGGCCACUAGAGCUGGCGUGGGUGGGUGUGAGUAGUUGGAGACGAAAUGCUGUCUGGAGUUCUUCGGACUUGGCUCUCAGAAUGGGGAUAUGGUGUGGAAAUUGAGAAGCUUGAGAUAGCUGUGACGCGAGAGGUGAGGAGACAGGAGUCUCCAUACCCUGCCUUCCCACAAAAAGUUCACGUAUAGCUGUCUCGCUGUUCUCUGCAUCGUGUUGGUGACAGCCAGUUCAGUCUGAAUCACGUUGUCAAAUUUCUCGGCAAGAUA